GCCAAUGGCCGGCAGGAUACGGUUGCCAAGGUCUGGCGUCGCUACUCCCAGGGCAGAUGGCGGCCCCCAGGCCUGGUUACUACUUAGGGGCGGGGCAGGCUCAGCGGCGGGAAGGAUAUGGACUGUAUGUUUAUUCUAAUUCUUUUUUUCAAUAUGAAGGAGAAUGGAAACAAGGAAGAAAACAUGGUCAUGGUAAGCUGUUAUUUAAGGAUAGAAGUUAUUAUGAAGGCGAGUUUGUAGAUGGAGAAAUUAUGGGAAAUGGAUUGCGAUACUGGGCAUCUACAGGAAACACUUACUCAGGUCAGUUCGUUUCUGGAGAGCUCCAUGGACAUGGAGUCAUGCAGUACAAAGAUGGUGGGAAAUAUGAAGGGGAGUUCUCCUAUGGAAUGAGAGCAGGACAUGGAUUACUUGUUGACAAGGAUGGACAAACUUAUCAAGGAACCUUUCACAAUAAUAAGAAACAUGGAGGAGGGAAAAUGACCUUCAAGAAUGGUGAUAAGUAUGAAGGAGACUGGAUCCUGGACCAGCGACAGGGGCAUGGGGUACUGCAUUGUGCCGAUGGAACUGUAUAUGAGGGACAGUGGAGAAAUGAUGUGUUCAAUGGCCAGGGCACUAAAAUUCAUUGUUCUGGUGUCAUCUAUGAUGGACUGUGGAUCAAUGGCUACCCUGCUGCUCAAGCAAAGAAGAUGGUAAUUUUGGGCCCGGAAGUUAUUGAUGUAAUCCAAGGGUCUGCUAUCACCCUUCAUGUCCAGCUACAGAAUGAAGGAGGAGAGGUUUCUGAAUAUGAGAAUGGUCGACUUUUGGAGAUCUGGGCUGGAGUCAAAAACCAUCAAAUUCCAGCAAGUUCUUCUACCAGCUUAUUCAAGUUAAUUGAAGAAGUUGAGAGGAAGCCAGUGAAAACCCCUUUUGGAUUUGAGUGUAUUAACUAUCCUUUGAUGGAUGCUGUGUCUGGAAGCUGGGAACUGAAAGCUGCUGUCCCUGUAUCUGGCAAAUCUGGAUUUGCACUGGCUGAUUUAUCAAUCCCUAAGGGAGAUAUAGAGCCAGAAUCCAGAUCAGACACCCUGCUUGGAACAGGAGAUGCCCCUAGCAACGAGGAUGGAUUUGAAGGUGAAAGUCUCUGUCCUCCAGCCAGUCAGAGAGUGGAACGUGGUUGUGUUGUUUUCAGAAACAUCAUGCUUGCACCUCCUCCGGCUAAUUAUCAACCAUUCAUGCUUUUGGAUGAAUUAAACAAAAAAAGAGGCAAAAAGCCAAGUGGAAAGAUAUCUGCUGAGAAAGCUGAGAAGAUGACAGUCUCACAGGAGAAAAUUGUAGACAGCAGGUCUGAAGUGACAGCCAAAGGGUACAAGUCAAAACAGGAUCAGCACUCCAUGAAGAACUCUAGAGUAUUGCCAGGCCAGUAUGUGAUUAUGGUCCAUGAAGUGACCAUGCCCCCAUUCUUGGGCCAGACUCUCCCACCUGCUUUCAAACUCUUGAGGGUUUUGCCAGAGAAAACCAAAGUCAAGAACAUUAAAAAGGAAACUAUGAAAGCCACCAGCACAUAAAGAAGGAACAUAAAUGUGUAAAGAGUCAGGAUCCUUAUCCAGCACCCACUGAAGUCAGUGGAAGUUUUACCAUUGAGUACAAUGGGAGUUGGAUUAAGUUCUUGAGCCUUGAUCGUGCCCAUGCAGUUGGGGUUUAAGUUUGAAUAUUGUGGACCAAUCAAAGCAAAGAAAUAAUUGACCACCAGAGAUCCAUUUCACACUGGUCCUGUCUGGUAACAUUUUAGAAGACAAAUAGAUAUUUCAGAUUAUAUUAUGAGAAGUAGGUAAAAGACUGUAAUCAAGUCUAUUUUUCAGCAGUACAAUAGAACCUCAGACUUCUGAACACCUCAGGAAUGGAGGUUAUUUGUAACUCUGAAAUGUUCAUAACUCUGAACAAAACGUUAUGGUUGUUCUUUCAAAAAUUUACAGCAGAACAUUGACUUAAUGCAGCUUUGAAACUUUACUAUGCAGAAGAAAAAUACUGCUUUCCCUUUAUUUUUUUUAGUAGUUUAUGUUUAACAAAGCACUGUAUUGUAUUUGCUUUUUUUUUUUUUUUUGUCUCUGCUGCUCUCUGUACUUGUACGUGUACUUCCAGUUCCAAUGGAGAUGUGUGGUUGACUGGUCAGUUUAUAACUCUGGUGUUCAUAACUCUGAGAUUCUAUUGCAUAUAAAUUGUGUGUAUUUU